AUGUCUGACUGGGAUAACGUUACUAUAAUUGGCCAAAAAGCUCGUGUUGGCGGCGGUGGCCCAAGAGAAAAGGUGGCCCGUACUCAGGCCGAGAUCAAUGCUGCCAGAAGAAGCGGCGCUGCCAUCAAUACGGAGAAGAAGUACGGCUCCACCAACACAAAGUCCAACCCUGAAGGUCAGAGAUUGACCAAAUUGGAUAACACUGAUGAUGUCGUUUCGGUCAAAAAGGUGGAUGUGAGCGUCGGUAAGACCAUUUCUCAAGCUAGACAGGAGAAGAAGCUCACUCAGAAGGACUUGGCCACCAAAGUGAACGAAAAGCCACAAGUCAUCAAUGAUUACGAGGCUGGUAGAGCUGUGCCAAACCAGCAAGUUUUGGCCAAGAUUGAGAGAGCAUUGGGUGUGAAGUUGAGAGGAAAAAACAUUGGUGAGCCUCUUUUCGGCCCAAAGAAGAAGUAA